AUGUUAAGGGUCAGCAGGAGUCACCCUUCAUCUGUAGACCACCCUGUGGAGGGCCCUGUGGACCACCCUGUGGAGGGCCCUGUGGACCACCCUGUGGAGGGCCCUGUGGACCACCCUGUGGAGGGCCCUGUGGACCACCCUGUGGAGGGCCCUGUGGACGACCCUGUGGACCACCCUGUAGACCUCCCUGUGGACGGCCCUGUGGACGACGCUGUGGAGGGCCCUGUGGACCUCCCUGUGAAGGGCCCUGUGGAGGGCCCUGUGGACGACGCUGUGGAGGGCCCUGUGGACCUCUCUGUGGAGGGCCCUGUGGACCUCUCUGUGGAGGGCCCUGUGGACCACCCUGUGGACCACCCUGUGGACCACCCUGUGGAGGGCCCUGUGGACGACCCUGUGGAGGGCCCUGUGGACCACCCUGUGGACGGCCCUGUGGACGACGCUGUGGAGGGCCCUGUGGACGACCCUGUGGAGGGCCCUGUGGACGACCCUGUGGAGGGCUCUGUGGACCACCCUGUGGAAGGCCCUAUGGACCACCCUGUGGAGGGCCCUGUGGACCACCCUGUGGAGGGCCCUGUGGACCACCCUGUGGAGGGCCCUGUGGACCACCCUGUGGACCUCCCUGUGGACCUCCCUGUGGACCACCCUGUGGACCUCCCUGUGGAGGGCUCUGUGGACCACCCUGUGGACCUCCCUGUGACCGACCUAUUUAUUGGGAUGUGGAUUUGA